UUUUUGAGCAGAUCUGACAGCCUGUAUCAGUUGGCCAUAGUGGGAAAGCCAGAAGGGAAUGAAUGAAGAGGAGGCGAGCGAGAAAAGAGAGCGAUCAGCGUGUUUUCUUUUUCUUCCCCCCCCACCCUCCUAAAUAAAAGCAGCACGCCGUUGUCUGAUGUCGGCUCACUCGCGGAUCACGGAAAACGCAUGAAAAGCUUCACCCAGCUGAGGUCCAUAUAACCGUGCUGACCAAGGUGGAGUUUCUGGACGGGAAACUGAGCGGCGGUGUCGCGCGACGCUCCCAGUGCAUCGGGAGACAGCCGCGCCGCAGAAGCCCGUGUCCCCAGCGCCGCCGACUCGUUACAGCGCCCAUAAAGAAGCUCUACACCGCUGCAGGAUGAAUAGAUCUUUGACAUGGAUUUGCACCUGAAGGUUUGCAAGAUGCCCGAUCUGACUUAAAAUAAUAAUAAUAAUAAUAAAAAGAAUCCAGCUGGUGUGGUUGGGGGUGAGUUUUCAUGCGUUUUGCGGAGACUGACACAGACUCCCUACAGGGACUUUGCAUUCAAGAUCGUCUGUGCGUCGCAGACUUUAGGAUUAUCGAUUUGCGUUGAGAUAAAACUGGUUAAAAAAUUGGAAGGGGAAAGGAUUUUUGAAGCAAUAUGGCUGAUGAGUGGGUUAGGGGGCGCUGCCUGGAGCUCACCAACGAUUCUAGGUGCUAGCGAGAACAGAUGGCAACGCUUCCGAAGGAAUCGGCAACAAGAUAAUGGGUAAUAAUAUAAAACCGGACUCGUCCUCUUACGUCAUUCCCUUCACGGCGGACGUGCCCUGUGACAACAAUGGCCAGCGUAUGUGGUGGGCUUUCCUUGCUUCCUCCAUGGUCACUUUCUUUGGGGGACUCUUCAUCAUUCUCUUCUGGAGAACCCUCAGAUUUCUGUGGACUGUGUGCUGCCAUUGCAACAUCAAAAGCCAGGAGGCCCAGAAGGUUAAUACUUCUUCAGAUAAUCAGAGUGAGGGGAUCAACAAGAGCAUUGACGAGAAGGAGCAGGACGCCAGUGAAGUAGGCUGGAUGACCUCUGUCAAGGACUGGGCCGGGGUCAUGAUCUCAGCACAAACCUUAACUGGUAGAGUCUUGGUGGUUCUCGUCUUUGUACUUAGUAUUGCUGCCCUUAUAAUAUACUUCAUAGACUCCUCUGACCCCAUAGAGUCCUGUCAGAAUUUCUACGAAGAUUUCACGUUACAAAUCGACAUGGCUUUCAACGUCUUCUUCUUAUUGUACUUUGGUCUCCGCUUCAUUGCAGCCAACGAUAAGCUCUGGUUUUGGCUGGAGGUGAACUCGGUUGUGGAUUUCUUCACGGUUCCACCAGUGUUUGUGUCUGUGUAUUUAAACAGAAGCUGGCUGGGUUUACGGUUUUUAAGGGCCUUGAGGUUGAUACAGUUUUCAGAAAUUUUACAGUUUUUGAAUAUCUUAAAAACAAGCGAUUCCAUCAAGCUUGUGAACCUGUGCUCUAUAUUUAUAAGCACAUGGCUAACUGCGGCUGGCUUCAUACAUUUGGUGGAAAACUCAGGGGACCCUUGGGAGAACUUCCAAAAUUCCCAAGCACUUAACUACUGGGAAUGUGUAUACUUACUCAUGGUUACUAUGUCCACCGUGGGAUACGGCGAUGUUUGUGCGAAAACCGCGCUUGGUCGCCUGUUCAUGGUCUUCUUCAUCCUCGGUGGCCUGGCCAUGUUUGCCAGCUACGUCCCUGAAAUUAUAGAGUUAAUAGGCAACCGCAAGAAAUACGGUGGUUCCUAUAGUGCGGUUAGUGGGAGAAAACAUAUCGUGGUUUGUGGUCAUAUCACUCUUGAAAGUGUCUCCAACUUCUUGAAAGACUUCCUACACAAGGACAGGGAUGAUGUCAAUGUAGAAAUUGUUUUUCUCCAUAAUAUUGACCCUAAUCUUGAGUUGGAAGCCUUAUUUAAACGGCACUUCACUCAGGUGGAAUUUUUUCAAGGAUCGGUCCUCAGUCCAAUUGAUCUUGCCCGCGUAAAGAUAGAGUCAGCGGACGCCUGCUUGAUUAUUGCUAACAAAUACAGCGCAGAUCCAGAUCAAGAAGACGCCUCCAACAUCAUGAGAGUUAUCUCUAUCAAGAACUAUCAUCCAAAAAUACGAAUUAUCACGCAAAUGCUGCAGUAUCACAACAAGGCCCAUCUGUUAAACAUUCCGAGCUGGAACUGGAAAGAAGGAGAUGAUGCGAUUUGCCUUGCAGAACUGAAGCUGGGUUUCAUUGCCCAAAGUUGCCUGGCCCAAGGUCUUUCAACCAUGCUUGCCAACCUUUUCUCCAUGAGGUCAGCCAUCCAGCUUGAUGAGGAAACGUGGCAGAAAUACUAUCUGGAAGGGGUGUCCAGCGAAAUGUACACCGAGUAUCUGUCACCUGCCUUUGUGGGUCUGACUUUUCCUACGGUUUGUGAGCUAUGUUAUGUGAAGCUGCAGCUGUUGUUGUUAGCUGUCGAAUACAAGAAUGAUCAAGGAGAAAGCAGAAUCAUUAUCAACCCUGGGAACCACUUAAAGCUGAUAGACGGCACCUUGGGAUUCUUUAUCGCUAAUGACGCUAAAGAAGUUAAGAGGGCAUUUUUCUACUGCAAAGCUUGUCAUGAUGACAUCACUGAUCUAAAAAGGAUUAAAAAGUGUGGCUGCAAGCGAGUAAAGGACGAAGUUAGACCAACUUAUCAGACUCGCUUGGUUAAGCCCAACGACAGCACUGCUAACGCGGCCCACAGGCUGCCCCACGGCGGAGCCGCGGCCGAGCUGGUCCCCCUAGUCAAUAACCGUAAAGGAAGCUGCCUCCUGCCCAGCCCGCUCGGUUCCGGGGAGGUGGGCAGGGCGGGGGCUGGCCAGCUCCAGCGAGCUCGCAGCCUGCCUGUGAAGUACAGAUACCGGCCCAGUAACUCCAUAUGCACUCACAGACCCCGCGACGAGGAGGCACCAUCAACGCCUAAAAAAAAGCAACGGAACGGAGACAUGCGAAAUUCUCCAAACAGCUCGCCCAAAAUGACGCGGCACGACCCCUUUGCAGGAAAUGAAAUUGAUCACACGGAAGUAAGCGUGAAGAAGUUUGAUUCCACGGGAAUGUUUCACUGGUGCACAACCAGAGAUAUCGAGAAGGCCAUCCUGACACGAAGCGAGGCGGCCAUGACAGUGUUGAGCGGUCACGUGGUGGUCUGUAUAUUCGGGGAUAUCAAUUCUGCCGUGAUUGGGCUGAGAAACCUGGUGAUGCCUUUGAGAGCCAGCAACUUCCACUACCAUGAGCUGAAGCCCAUUGUGUUUGUGGGUUCCCUGGAAUACCUGAAGCGGGAGUGGGAGACGCUUCACAACUUCCCCAAAGUUUCCAUUUUGCCUGGUACACCAUUAAGUCGGGCUGAUCUGAGGGCUGUCAACAUAAACCUCUGCGACAUGUGUGUUAUUUUGUCAGCCAAUCAGAGCAGUAUUGAUGAUGCUUCACUGCAGGACAAGGAAUGCAUCUUGGCAUCACUCAACAUCCAAUCUAUGCAAUUUGAUGACAGCAUUGGGGUCUUGCAGGCUAAUUCCCAAGGGUUUACACCUCCUGGAAUGGACAGGUCGUCACCAGAAAACAGUCCCGUGCAUGGAUUAGUACGAGAGCCCGUCACAAGCGGAGCCAAUAUCCGAAUCGUAACAGAACUAGCUCAACCUGGUAAACUGCCACCUUUGGUUUCACUCAGUCAGGACAAAAAAAGUGGAGCCAACAUUCAUAUGAUAACUGAACUCGUGAAUGACACCAAUGUGCAGUUCUUGGACCAAGAUGAUGACGAUGAUCCAGACACUGAGCUAUACAUGACACAGCCGUUUGCCUGCGGAACGGCAUUUGCAGUCAGCGUGCUGGAUUCCCUAAUGAGUGCGACAUAUUUCAAUGAUAAAAGUCUCACGCUAAUCCGGACACUAGUAACAGGGGGGGCCACCCCUGAGCUGGAGGGCCUUUUGGCUGAGGAGAAUGCCCUGCGAGGUAGCUAUAGCACGCCACAGACGCUUGCAAACAGGGACAGGUGUCGUGUGGCGCAGCUGGCGUUGUACGAUGGUCCUUUCGCAGAUAUGGGGGAUGGUGGUUCCUAUGGAGAUUUAUUUGUUAAAGCGUUAAAAACAUAUAAUAUGCUGUGCUUUGGUGUUUACCGAUUGAGAGACGCACACCUAAGUACGCCAAGUCAGUGCAGCAAGCGGUUUGUCAUGGCAAACCCAACGUACGAUCUUAAGCUGGUAUCCUCAGACCAGAUCUUCUGUCUGAUUCAGUUUAACCACAAUGCGGGCCAGUCCCAGACCAGUCUGUCCCACUCUUCCCAUUCCUCCCACUGCUCAAGCAAAAAGAGCUCCUCCGUCCAUUCGAUCCCUCCAGCCAACCGGCAGAAUCGCAACAAGCCUCGGGACCCCAGGGAAAAGCAGAAUGCAACAAGGAUGAAUAGAAUGAGCCAAGAAAAGAAUUGGUUUACAGAUGAACCAGAGAAUUCCUACCCAAGAAACAUUCAGAUCAAACCCAUGAGCACUCAAAUGGCCAAUCAAGUCAAUCAGGCUAAGAACGCUGGAAUCCUGAUUCCAACCAUCAGGGAAGUUGAAGAUGAAUGCUAAGUGCAGACCGUCGAUGUCAUGUGGAGUGCCGGGACGUUCUCGUGGAAGAUGGGGCCACAGGAGCGACAGUACUGUUCCUCCCUGUACAACAGACCUAGGAUUGCCAUGUGGUCAGAUACAAUAGAGGAGAUCUUCUUGUACCUAUGAAUGAUUACUUCCAUGCUGUUUAAAAUAUUAUUUCGGAAAACAUACACACAUACAUAACACGCAUAUAUAACAUGACAAUCAAUAAGAAAUGUACAGCCCCUUGCACCUGAAAGAAAAAAAAUUUUGCUAUAUAUAUAUAUAUAUAUCAUUAUUUGUAAUACAGCAAUACUUCAUCUCUGAUAUGCCCAGACUCCAUAAUUACACGUUUUGGAGAAUGAGGGUCAUUUCAGAAACGUAAAAACAGAACUACUUCCAAUGAAGGACACGCAAGACUUCAUACUGUAUGGCAACCACACAUGUUUGUACUACAUGUACAUACUUGCACUUAGAAAGUAUUUAAAUGGACUGGGAUCUGCAGAAAUAGUCGGUAUUGUCAUAGCAUGCAUCAUUGGCUAUGUAUUUUUUUCCCAAGAUUGGGCAGUAAACAAGAGAUGUGACAGAAUAAUUUGAAUUAAUGCAUUCGGGCGUAAUUAUUCUAUCUUAGAUAAUACUGUCCACUACGAAUAACAAAUGAAUGUUUGGAACAAAUCAGAAUCUGUGAAAAUCUAUGUGUGUAUAUCCAUUUAAAUGAUUAUCCCAGUGGCCAAUCAAAGUUUCCAAGUGUAUAAAAUAUCGUAAUUUAAUAUGUAAAUUAAUAUGUAAAUUAAGCUUUUCCAUCUUGCCAUUAUUGACGCAUAAUCAUAAGACUCAACAGGCGCUUAACUUUUAGCAGCACAUGCAAAUGAAAAGUGAGGGUUUUUGCCAGCUGUAAGGAUUCUCAGAAUGGCUGAGCUGUUUUGGUCUAGGGUGAGAGACACUCACCUGAAGUACCUUGUUACUAUUUGCGGCAAAAUGAAUAUGAAUGAACAGCAACAACUAUGAAAGAGCUGUUCAUAAUGCAAUGGCAUCGGACUGCCACUUACCGCGACCGGGUAAAUACGGGCCCUCCUUUGUAACCACUGCCUGACAAAUUCUUGGCAUGGAGGCAAUGAAGUGCUUGGAUGUUCUCCAUGACAUAAUUCUGAUUCUCUAACCCGAGAAGCUUUUGGGAAUAAAAUGUUCUGAUUAUUGAAAACAGCUCAGUCAUGUUUGAGUCGCUGGACUGCUACAAACAGCUGGCUUUGAAUGCAAUAUUCCAGUUAUUCUGCCAGAGACACAGCCCUUCCACAAAGUUAAACAUGCUUGUUAUCCAGUUCCUGGAGUAAUCCAUGGAACUAAAGAGCAGCACCUUUUAGUAGCAAAUGCUCCACAUUUACACUGUACAUUGCUGAAGGUUUGAAAGGUGAAGCUUCACUCUGUUGUACAUUUUAUGACAGGUUUAUACCUACAAAUAUUUUCUAUCCACAUAACCAUAAAUUCCAUUUUUUUAAACAUUUAUUUUUACAUUUCAAAAUAUACAGGCUACUGGGGCACCAGAAUUACACAUAUAUUCUAAAACUGUACAGAAAUGUUAGUAAAAGGAGUUAAGACAGACAAGCAAUAUAUUUUGUAUGGUCAUUAUUCUCCUUAAGUUCUCAUAAGUAUUUAAAAAAAAUGAAAAAAGCACUGGCAAUAAAAACAAAAUAUGUCCGUAUAUUUUAAUAGGACCUCUUAGAGUCUAAUAGGGAUUUGCAAUUAUAAUGGUCCAGUACAAUUAGGUUUUCAUAUGGUUAUUGGCUGCUUGCAACAAUAUUUGUGCAUAAAUGAGUUCAGUUAGUUGUUAGCAAGUUGAAAUGCUUCAAAAUUCAGCAUCUAUUGUAACGCAAAGUCUAUCUUCUAGCCAUUUCUAACCAUUUCACUUGGUCGAGAUUGCGGGGUGUAACACAAAGUGUAGGAUGAUAUUAACGAAUAAUAAUUGAAAUUGUGAGCAGGGCUGUUUCUCCAAUAAAAGGCUAGACAUGGUAUUUUCACAAUAUUUGACAGUCUCACCAAAAAAUGCAGUGCUUUGCUACUGUUACGCUUUAAAUUGCUUUACGAAACAUACCAUGGAAAGUACAUUACGCAACCUACUAGUCAAAUUUAUUGCAAAAUCUUUGAUCUCAUUCAAAAAGAGUAUUUAACAGCUACAUUUUGCUUGUGUACCUUUUGUGUACCACUGUUUCUCUUUUAUUUCUAACAAUCUCAUGACGUUAAUGUCUCUACACUGGGUGUAGUAUGAUUAUGUUGAUACUGAAAACCCAUGAAGUAUUUUUUUUUCUGGAGUGAAAUUUUGAAUCGUAAUUAUAAGUUGUUACAUUUCAUAGCAAGUAGUCAACAAAUAUAAGAAUAAUGUAUGUAUACAAAGAUUGCUGAUAAUUCACUGCUGAUAGUUUCAUUAAUUGAAGGUGAAAGUAUUUCCAGUUACUCCAAAACCCAUAUUUUAAAAGGACACAUAAAAAUGAGCUGUUUUAUUCUUUUUUUUGGUUUAAUUCUAUUUUGUUUUUUUUCCCCUCAAAAUCAAUAAUUAUUGAAAAUGUAAGGGUCACAAGUGAUUGAUUAAGAACAAUGUAUUUUGUUUUGAAACGCUUUGUGUACAUUCCAUUUUAUCUGCAUAUUUAUGAUUUCAAAUGGCUAUAUCAAUGUCAUUUCUCAAGCUCUUGUGUUUAAUCACUGCCUUUUCUCUCCAAAAGAGUUGUGACUACUGAUCUAUUUAACAUGUGUAAUGUUUAUCCUUUAUUUUUGAGCACUCGUAUAACAAUAACCCAAAAAAAACAAUUAUUUGUAUGAUUAUGAUUCACACAGUUUAUCUGAAUAUAGACACUCAAAUGUCAUUUUGGAUGAUUGAUUAUCACAGGAAUGUCUUCGCAGAAUGUCUUUCUGAGUGAUUGAUAUAGGAGACAGUGCUAGCCAAUGUUGAGGUUUACGGCAUUUCACUGCGCAUCAUUCAGUCAUUUUCAAUUGAAAAGAGUUCUCUCUAUAGAACCUGAGGGGGAACAGAAUUUUACACGGGCAUAGAGAACAUCCAAGCCAAAUAACUGCCUCCAUGCCCCGUGUCAGGCAGUGUGUUAGGCCAAAGGAGGAUUCCCGAAGACCCACUAUCGCGAGAGGUGGCAGAUGUGCUUUGUGUGAUUAAACAACCAAAGCACGUCACGGACAUCAGAGACGUGACUGACAAAAUAAAACAACAGUAAAAUCAUCCCAGCAAAGUCAGAAAAUGACAAAUAUGCACAGUGGAAGCAAAGAAGGGCAUCGCAUUUUUAGAAAAUCGCCACAUCCUUAGUACUGAUUGUUAUGCUUAGAUUGAUUUUAGGCUUAAUAAUACAAGCUACGUAUUUUGUUUAACGUCAAUUUUACCAACGUCAGCUGCAAAAAAGGUAACAUAUUUCCAUCUCUUCUCCUGACUUAUUUUAGGUGGAUGGAUUACACAAGCAUUGUUCUUGAUUUCUGGUCAUUUAAGUAUAACAGAUGGGGGGUAAAAGUCUUAAAUAAAUACAUUUUGGCAUCAUGAAUAUCAAUGCAAAACAUUAUUUGCUACCUAGAAAACCAGAUUAGGAGAAUUUUACAUUAAUCAUGUCAAGUGUGUACCAUUAUCUGCCAUUAUCUCCUAUGUUAAUUGCGGCAAAAAUGAGCCUCACCUUGCAGUAUAGUUUCUUUUAUUUUGUUUAAACUAAAGGAUUAGUGGAGAAAAUGAUGGUGCUGAGUUGAUCUACCUGACUAUGAUAUCCAGUGAUAAACACACCGUCUUGUACAAAAGGUUUGUACAUAAAUUGUACAUGGUUUCAUUUUGUAUUUUCUCAAAUUAAAUUGAUGUAUUUGUGUUCUAAAAA